AUGGUUGAUGUCCUCUAUUCACUUGUGGAUGUUAAUGAACGAUUUGAUCGAUUAGUAAUUGAUCCUCUUUAUAUUCGUCAUCUUGACAUGACCAUAAAAUCGUCGUUUGAUCGUAUUUGUUCAGUAGACAAUAAAGUUCUUUCAAGAAUUUGUGAAAAAAUCUUACCUCGAAUUUAUGAUCAAGUAAAUAAAUUAAUUGUUGAACCACAUGCCAUGAAACAAGUUUUUACUAUUAAUUAUCCUCAACUUUAUUCGUUAUCACUUAUUGGUUUUCAAGAAGAAGAGCUUUUUCAAUAUUUAACAGAUGAUUCAGUUCUUCGUUAUCUUCUUACUGAACAAAUCACAGAUCUUAAUAUUGAUAUUCAAGUUGAUACAAUAAUAGAUUUCUCUCAAAGUCUUUCAAACAAGUUUGAGUUAAUAUUAUCUUUAAGUAAAAGAUUAAUCAGUUUAAAUUUUUGCCAAUUAUUUGGUUAUCGAACUUUGCCGCUUUGGUUUCCUACUCCACCAUCAAAAAGUUGUAUGUCUUUAACUUUAACUAAAUUGAUAAUUAGAGUCACAAUUUUUCGUGACUGUCUUUAUCUUCUUGAUGGUCGUUUCGAUUGUUUAUCGACAUUGAUAAUCCAUGUGGAAAAUAUUUCGUUAACACCAUCAUGUGAAUAUAACACAGAAAAACUUCCUAAAUUAAAAUAUUUUUCAUUAAUCUCGUAUACUGACACAUUUUAUUAUGACCAACUGAUUAUUCCAUUACUUCGACGAAUGAUAAAUCUUGAAGAAUUGAUAUUAUAUCUAUUAGUAAUAAGAUAUGACUCGACUUAUAUUGAUGGUAUCGUAUUAUAUGAUGAAAUUCUUUGUUAUAUGCCACAACUAAACAAAUUAACAUUCAAUAUAAAUACAGAUGUUCGCAAUAACAAUAUUAGAAUUGAUCGUUCAUCAAAUGAAGAUGUUCAACGUAGUUUUAUUGGAAGAGGAUAUGGACAAAGUUCAACAUGUAUUUGA